AUCCAAAACUUGAGAUUAAAUUCUGUCAAUAUUGUUAUUCUUACGACUCAUUAAAUUCAACUUAGCUCUUGUUUUUUUCUACUUUAAACCUUAUUAAUUCAAUUAAGCAAAUUACAAUUUAGUUUAGCAAAUUUCAAUUCAAAAGAACGAGCCUUAAUCCAGAGGUUUUGUUCUUUGAUCUUUCUCAAAACAAAAUUCUAUAUUUGGGCUCAUUUGUUUAAUUGUUUUCAUCUUUCAUUCUUUUUCUUUUUUUUUUUUUUUUUUUUUUUUUUGAAAAAGUCCUCAUUCUUGUUUGUUUUUCAAUUUUAAGAGCAUUUGAGGAAGAAUUAAACACAAUUAUACUCUACUAUUCCUAGAUUUCCUAGUACCAAAAACCGCAAUUGACUCUUAUAAGAGCAUUUGAGGAAGAAACACAGGUUAAAUUGAUGUCGAUUCUCAACAUUCUUGGUAUCUCUCUCUUCUUUUUCUCAACUUUCACCUAUGGAAACGGAGUUGAUCAAAAGGAGUUGGUUGUUGGGAAGGAAUUGUUUAAGGAAAGUUUACCAUUUCAGAUGGGAUCGCGCUAUUAUUUGCUUCAAGGGUUGAAACCUGAUACUUGGUAUGAAGUGAAGAUCUCAUAUCCAGCUACUACACCGGCUAUGUUUUCUUUACAGUUGAAGAGAGGUGUUUCUGAUGUUGGACUGAACAGGCUAAGGAAAUUGCUCAACACUGAGAAACUGAUUUUCAAGGCGGAGGACCUUGAUGAGAUCAAUCGUCAGGGCGGAUUGUAUGUUCUGAUAACAGUGGAGCCUGAGGGAUUUGUUGCAAUACCUGGUGUUCAGGAAAGGGAGAAUAUCUUGUUCAAUAUAGUUUGUGAUGAGCUGAUGUUGGGCAUUCCCCAUAAAGCUUGGCUGGUUGCAGCAUUCGCAUUGCUAUGUGUAGUGGUGGGUUUUUCUGUGCCUCGAUUUCUCCCACCUUUUCUUCUGCCAAGGGAUCAAGAUCUUAAAAGAGCUGGGCAGUUGGCCACAGAAAAGGACUCCUAGCCCUACCUAAACUUCUAGCUGAUAGUUAGAUAGUCAAUGGCCCUGCUUAGGGUACAUUGCAUUUUUUGGUGUUUCUGAGGAAGUUAAGGAACAGCUGAUAAAGAACAAAUGAAUGCUUUGGAGUGAAGGAAGCAGGAAACUAGAAAAAUGUAAUGGAUGUCCACAUGGAGCCGAGAAUGAAUGUUCACAAAGAAGGGCUGAAUUGUUCAAAUCAGAAAUGAAGCUACAGAUUCAGUCGCUGGGAGAUUUUUCUUUCAAUCAAGCAUUAUUAACUGUAAUAUUAGUUUAGCUUCUUUUCACAAGAUGCUACCAUUGCUGUUAAACCAUGUCUUGUUCACAGAAUUAUAGCUGAUGGUGAUAAAAAGAUCGAUUGAAUUUACCAAAAAUUAUUGUAGCUGUUGAAAUGAUGCACUCUUUAACUUUCAGUGUUGCAUUAUUUUGUUCAUCCGGAAAUUUAACGAAGCAGUUCUAUUCUCUUAUUUAA